UCUUCUUCUUCUUCAUUUUUAAACAAAAAUAGUAUCAUCAUCAUCUUCAUCAUCGUCUUUACUAGAUCUACUAUUUUUAUUAUUAUUAUUAUUAAAGCCAUUUCUGAUCACAGAGGUAGAAAUCUGGGCCUAAAAAUUGUUACAACGCAAUUUAAUUUACUGAAGGCCAAUUAUAUCAGUUGAAGUUUUCCUCCUGUGCCCGCAGCUAUUGUGAAUACAUUUCUGCUGUCGAAGCCAACACCCACAAAGCAAUAUACCAUCUUUAUCGAAUAUCGAGUAUCUUAAUGUGACCAAAAUCUCACCCAUUAUCUUAUAUUGAUCCGGAUCAAAUAUUUUAUUUUCCGGAUCAAACCUUUGGUAGAUCUAUAAUUAUACAGCUCACAUUAAAAAUGUAAAAUGUUUUGAACAAUAAUCUAUAAUCUUAAUCUAAAAUUAAUAUACAGUAAUAAAGUAUGUUUGAAUAAAGUUUUUGUAUUGGAUUUGGUUCGUAAACUACUUAUCCCUAAAAAGGAAUCCUAAAAGGAAACAAUAAUUUUCUUAAAAGUAGGACUAAUUUGUUGAGGAAAUCUCAAGUAUCGAUCCCUUAUCUCACUGUAUCGCCGAAUGAGCUUUAAAUCUUGUAAACAAAACAAAAGAGCAGACUACCCUUCGUGUGUCACGGGUUCUGCUGUAGAGUGUCCCGGCGGCGUUUUGAUGUUGACUCUAGAUCUAAUAUCUAGAUUUAGUCUAGUUCUGGAGACUCUAGGCCUAGUUAGUCUAGUAAGAGGCUAGUACCUUAGGCCGCUGUGUAGAGUCCAGUGAAAUGGAACGUUAGUGAACUUAAAUGUUCUGUUUCUUUUGACUCUACAAAGUUCUCGAAACCUUUAGGUCAAGAAAGUGCUGUCUUCAUCUGGCUUGUCGCCGCUCCACCUUCAAUUCUAUGAGGGUCGUACAGUCGUCUUGGGGCGCCGAUGAUGG